GACCAGUACGCUUAUAUGUAAGCUUAUUUUCAGGUAUUUGCUGAAUUAGGCUAGGCAUCCCCCAGAUAUUCCCCAGGUCUCUUCACGGCGCCAUUCAAAUGCGCACCGAAUGAGCGAUUUGAUCAUGACGCCGUUCAUCACGUGUGACGUAUCCUCUUCAUUGGAAUCGUGGAAAUUGCGUGAUCACCGAGGUAUGCAGCAGACAUUCUCCUGGAGGAUCGUCAAACGAGGAGAAAGUGAGCAGGCAUAACGUGGUAUAACUAGCAAAUUCGCCAACAAGGAUGGGACCCGCAACGAAGCGUUGUCCCUCAUUUCCUUCAAGGUUUCCCCUCUCGAAAAGACUGUUCAAUCUUGCUGAUAUCCAAUUUGAUUCUCCUCUCGUGACGACGAUUCCAGCCCAGUGAAAGAAUCUUGAGACGGACAACACACCUCCAGGCCGGCAGAAGCACAGGACAAGCAUGACUCGCUCUCGACGUUCAGACAUUCCACAGAUCUUUAGCUCCUUCCCUCAACUCGAUUUGAGCCUCCUCUUACAACACGCACCCCCGAUCGAGCGCCUCGCGAAGUUGGAGAAGGCUUGUCACUCGGGACUCGACGAUACCCGCCUGUUCGUCUACCGGGAAGACUUGGCAUCUACGUUCAACCCCGGGGGUAACAAGCUUCGGAAAUUGGAGUACGCCCUGCCUUUGGCAUUUCGGAAGGGCGGGCGACCGACCUCCAUCGUGGCAGUGGGUGGUCUACAAUCCAAUUGCUGCCGGCAGACCGCACAGGUCGCUGCCAGCUUGGGCAUUCGAUGCUAUCUUGUCCUUGAUGAGCUCGAUUACGAUGAUCAUUCAGACGCCCGUCACUUUGGUAAUCUCCAGCUGAUGAGGCUAUUGGGGGCCGAGAUCAUCUUUGCCUCUUCGGAGCACGACGCAGACCGACAGAAAAGCCUCGGGAGUUCCUUCUCCAACAGUGCGGACAAGCUCGUCAAAGACCUGAGGCGCCAGGGCGAAAGAGUACUGUUCAUCCCCACAGGAGCAAGUGAUAUGCCAGGAAGUGGUCUUGGUUAUGCCCGCUUUGUAUUUGAUCUGCUCCAGCAGGAGGAGCAAAUGCAUCUACCAGGCAGUGGGCGCUUUGACUUUCUGGCGAUUGCCUGCGCAAGCGGCUCCACAUUGGCGGGGAUCAUAGCCGGCUUUAGACUUGCUCGAGAAGUAGGCUGGAUCGACGAGGAGCCUCGGAUCGUCGGCGUGGAGACAUUCUGUGACCCGGUUGAAGAGCAACGAAGACAUGUUCUGUCAAUCGCACGAGACACAGCAGGCAUGUUAGGUCUCGGCGAGGACGCCAUCGGUCUGGAGGACGUCGUCAUUGACGGACGUUGGACGGGCGGGAAAUAUGGCCACUGCGACCACGCCACCCAAACUACGAUUCAACUCGUUGCCCAAAGCGAGGGAUUGAUCUUGGAUCCGGUGUACAACGGGAAGUCCAUGACAGCAGUACUCGAAGGGGUGCGCGAGGGAGAACUAUACGGCAAUGUUCUCUUGAUCAAUACCGGAGGCCAGUCCGUGAUGAGUGCAUAUCCAGGAGUUGAACGAUGUCGAAAAGAUAGUCGAGCCUAAAAAUUUAUUGCAGUUAUAUUCUUGUUUUACGUAUGCGCUGUGCCACGGUGAAUCGAACACGCAUUCUCUUUCAUCGUGUGGGUGAGGACACUGCUCGAAUGAGAGCAAGCCG